AUGACCACGGGUCACUUCUCUCUCUUCGACCCGAAGGAAAGACACAUAGCUAGCAGACGGGCUCUUCUAUUUACGUGUACCGUUCAGAAUAUGUACGAGGUUGUGGCAGCUGUUCUCUGUCUAGCUGAUUACUGGAUGAUACGUCUAAUAUUGAGUGCCAUGCGGAAGCUGGGGAAGGGACCCUGGAAAUUCAUUGUAGGGAGUGCCGGACUUUGGCAGCCGGUCCGCCGUGGUUGGCUGGUAAUGGUCACCUCCCACCUCCCCCUGCCAGCUGGUUGCCAGGCUUCGGGCUGGUUCGGCUGGACUUGA